CUGGGGAAGGUACGAACGAACCACCCGCCACGCUACGCUCCUUCACCAUCUACCUCACCGCGACGCUUGUUCUCGCUCCGUUCUAUAUGCACCGCUGAAAAGUUCGUGAGCUGCCUUUCUUGCUCAUCCAACCACGCUCGCUACGCUACGCUAAGAACGACGACAACGGCGACGACGUGAUGCCGCCGAAACGGAAGAACGGGGAGGCUAUGGAGGGCGUGGCGAAGAAGGGCAAGACGGCUAAGGAGAGCUACACUACCCAGCAGAAGGCUGCGCUGCAGCAGUUUACCAAUUUCACGCAGAUGGAUCGCAGUGCGGCGGUUAGGGUGCUGAAGAGUCAUGGCUGGGAUGUGCAGAAUGCGGUGAAUUCAUACUACAGUGGCGGUGGCGGCUCCGGCUCGGCCAGCUCCUCUGCUACAAAGUCUACUCUCAACAAGCUGUUCGACAAAUAUCGAGAAAACGCGGCAGGCGAACCAGAUGCUGUCGGUGUUGAGGGAACAAUGCAGUACUUCGAGGAGCUUGACGUUGAUCUCGAAGGGUUGGACGCACUCGCUGCUUUCGAGGUCGUCCAGGCUCCCACAAUGGGUGACAUCAACCGAGAAGGCUUCGUGAAUGGUUGGCAAGAGCGCAGCUGCGAAACGGUCGACAAGCAGAAAGCCUACCUCAAGAACCUCAGUCGAGAGAUGGCCGGGAGCAAAGAAGUGUUCACAAGGAUCUACAAAUACAGCUUCCAGGUCGCCAAGCCCGCAAACCAGAAGGCUGUCCCCCUCGACUCGGCCGUCGCCUACUGGGAUAUCCUCUUCAGCUCGCCCAUCUCUGCUGUCAAGUGGACGAGCCCUAACAAUCCGUGGCUGGACUGGUGGAAGGAGUUCCUCACCUCGUCGUGGAAGAAGAGCGUCAACAAGGAUAUGUGGAACGAGACUCUCAAGUUUGCAAAUCUCACCCUGCAGGACGAGGCCAUGAGCUUCUGGAAUGAGGAGUCUUCGUGGCCGUCUGUCAUUGAUGAGUUUGUCGAGUGGGUUAAGGAGAAGCGGGGCGACAAGAAGGAGGAGGUUGUCGAGGAUUACUGAGCUCUUCUUACGCGGCCUGAUGUGGUUGAGGAGUAUGAGUUACGGCGGACGUUAUGGCCGAUAUCAUCGUCUCAGCAAGGCUUCUUGUAGCUUCGCGAGGCGAGAUUACUUCGGCAUGGUAUGAGUUUCAUGGGAGCAUUACAUACCCUUUGCCUGCUUUUGAGGCACAUUUGGUCGAUACAGGAGCAUCUUCUACUUGAUAGAUCAGCCCAGCAUGAGUACUUCACUGGCUUCGAAUGCCUUGUUCAUCGUUUUGUGUCUUUUGCGUGCUUGAAUUGGGCUGUGAGAGCACUUGUCUCAGCGAACAAUUACAACAGACACAAAUACCAC